AUGCAAAAUUUUGUUACUUUUGCCAUUUCAAGAAAUGUGAAGGAGCUGGAAAUAGAUUUCUCUGAUCCUACGUGGAGAGAAGACAAUCUUGAUAAUCAUCCAGCAGUAGCUGAGUUGCCUUUGCAGGCAUAUCACCAUGUGGGUCUUGAAUCAUUGAAGUCCUUGUUGGUGAAUUGUCCAUUGCUAGAGAGUUUGAGUUUAAAGAAUUGUUGGAAUGUGAUUGAGCACUUUGAGAUUUCUUUACCAAACUUGAAGCUAAAGAAUUUAGUUCUUGACAAGUGCAAUUUUAUUCAUGAUAUGUUCUGGAUUGACGGACCAAAGUUAAAGUUCUUGAAAUACUCAGGCAAAAUUGAUUAUUUUCACUUGUUGGAUCAACGUGAUAUGACAGAAGCUGAUCUUGACUUUGGUAUGAAGCUUGAAUUUGAGGAAGUUGGUGCCCUUCUUUAUGACUUCCUACAAGAGCUUUGUUCUGUUCGAGUUUUGACAGUCUGCAGUGUCUUUCUUCAGAUUGUAGCGCAAGGAGAGGAACCAUUACGUGUACAUGCUCCGAUUGAUGUCCGCCAUCUGAUAUUGAAAACUUUAAUGCACUUAAACGAAUUUCAUGGCAUGAGGUUCAUGUUCAGUAGCUGCCCACUUCUAGAGAUCCUUACUUUAGACAUAGGCCAUCGAAAAAUCUUCCAUAAUUAUGUACCUCCCUUUGAAUUAAAUCCUCAUGAAUUUUGGUCAAAGGACAUAAGGGUUCAAAAGUGCAUUCAUAGCUGCCUUCGAGUGGUGAAUGUCAAGGGGUUUAAAGGCACUUUGAAUGAACUGUAUGUCUUGAGAUACAUAAUCUGCUAUGGUCGCCAACUACAACAUCUUAAUCUCCAUAUCUCCAAUGAAGAAGGUGACAAUGGAGAAAACAGGGAUACUUAUAUGACAAGAGUUGAACGAAUUACGCAGUUCAAGAACUCCUCCCCGAACCUGCAAAUAUCUAUCUUCUAA